AUGACAAGGAGACAAAACAUCGCAUGGCAGAACGCCAAUCGAGGAAACACCAAGAAGGCUCGAACGCACAAGAACUUUGAGGAUGAGGAUCAUCUACUUAAGUUGAUUUGCGGAAACUUUAUAGAAGAUGAAGAGCAGGAUAUCAUCGAAGAGAAAGGGGACAAGGAAUUCACUACUCUGAUUCUUGUUCCGAUUUCCCCGACGACGAUCAACGAUACCACCUCAUUCGACAAGAGGGCAGAUGUGUCCACUGUUUGGGAAGGUGAAAUCCUCACGUGGAAUGCCUUGAAAGGAGAAAGAAGUGCUGGCAUUGUGGAAUAG